GUCAGUCCUCUAGUGCAAUAUGGUGAUGGUUUUUGUGCGGUGUGCUUGUGUUUGGUGAUACGUACAUCUACAUACGAUACGAGUAGUGUACGACAUAUUACGUGUACGAGUAUAUUUUGUGUAAUAAAAAGAAGUAAUUUGCGUGUUACCACAAUGUAUGCGUACGGUGCUCCGCAAGGUGUGUAGGUCUGGUUGGCGACCGAAGGAGACAUUUUGAGCGGACGUGAUCGGAAUCGGUGAAAUUGGAUGGACGUGGAUUUUGAGUCUACCAUGUCUAUGUCGACGACGAUGGUGGCGUUUUUCUAAAUGUUUUGCUAAAAUUCGCGACGAUACGGGUAGAAUUCAAAUGCGAUUCGCGCGCUCGUCUUUCGACAGUUGGUUAGGUUGUGCUGUGUGCGGUGUAUGUGCUGCUCAAUAUGGUGUUGGAAUUUUUUCCUACCAUCUUAUUGACGUGAUACGGUUUGCAAAAUAACCCCCUGUUUUACUACACGAAGGGGAAGCCUCAUCGUCUUUAACCGCCUACAACGAGGUUUAAAAUUUCGCUAAUGCUGACAACCGACGUAGAAUAAAGACACCCGUCAAUGUAAAUUCAAUCGAACGAUUUUGCCCUCGUCUCAGCCCCCGAUUUUUAUACAUAAAAGCUGUGAUACCCCCACAUGUACCUCUUCAUACACAAUCUGUGUAUGUUGAAAAUUGAAACCAUUUGAUGACGAUACGCUAUACAUAUAGAGUACGUUGAAUUAAUUUCCCGCUUAUUGCAAGAUUGUUGGUUCAUAAAAGAGUAAAGAAACAAGAUUUUAAUAUGAUCGAUUUGAAAAUCUUCCAUCUCGAUGUCAAGAUCGAAAAUAAUAUUCAGAAUAGUCUAUACGUUAUGGAGAUUGGAUCGCCGGCCAACGAUGCCGGAGAAGCAGAUAACUCGUUGCCUGCCCUUUGGGAAUUAGAUAGUCCGGAAUACGAAUGUGAUUGUCCUGGACCGCCUCCACCUCUAUUUAAGAUACCACCACCGCCUAGACCACCUUUUCUAUCCGAAGUUGCAGAUUGUUCAGAGGUUACUAUAGCGGAUUACGAAAGCUGUGAUAAUAUGCCUGUGAUAGACGCAGGAUACCACAGUAAUCCAGCCAUACCGACUUUAACAAUACUGGUCAUCUGUUCAGCUCUGUUGUUGGCCGGCGCUUUAAUUGUAUUUGGCUUGGCUUGGAAGCAUAAAAAGAAAAUGCAGAAUUUCCUGCCGUGUAAAUCAUCGCCUCAAAACAGAUGCGACGUUGCCCACGGUAAUGGAUUAAUUUAUGAAGAUUUGGCCAAUGUUGGUCCUAGAGCUGUUCAGCAACCGUCGUCAAUAGAAAUGUUAGAUGUUAAGUCACAUCAUAACAGUUAUGUUAUCAGCCAUUCUCCAGUUUUCAUUUGUUCUCCGUCGAGUAGGCCUGAAAGUCAGUACUGUCCACCUCCUAGACAAGAACAUAGGUAUUGUUCGCAAGAUUUAUAUAAUCCUGUAUACGAGGAACUAUCUAAUGGUUCAGUAGAUCGGGGCGAAUCAGAUGCCGAAAGCGAAUGCAUCAGGGAGUUAACCAGAAGCGACGACGAGUUCGCCGAAGACGAGCUGAGUCUAGGAGAACAUCACCAUUUACCAGCGGUGAAAGGGCAUUCGGGCGCUAGUUCGUUACAAGGCUCAACUGGUAACGAUCUGUGUCGCGAUGUCGACUCGUCGGAUGCGGACGACCGUAGCAGAUUCCUGUGCCAUCGAGGUCCGUGUUUAAGAGCGCCCAACGGACGCAACCUAAGUUUACCGCCGAACCGUAGAAGUAGGCAGUAUCCAUCCAAGUAUCAGAAUAGAAGUCAGCAAUCGUUACCAGAUCAGAAAAGACCUCGCAGUCUAGAUCGCCGACGCGACAAAACGUGGAGGAACAAAGUCACCAAUAACAACAAUCCGGCCGAACCAAACGAAUUCCACGAAGGCCUACUGUUGGACGCGUUAUACCAGAUGUAUCCUAACGUGAGCAUGAACCCUCACACGAAUUCUGGCCGCGCGCCGCCCCGGUUACCAUAUAUACUGCCAGUAAGCUCCAACGCUCAACAGCCAACCAUCGUUAACCCGUACGAAUCGGUUCCGGUAUUGAAUCACCUGCGUCAGCACAAUCAACGUCAACAUCAUCAUCAACAGCAAUCGUUGUACGGCCACCGUCACCAAUACUAUCCGGCCGGCGUCGGCGUCGCAAUGCGCACGCCUCAAGAUAACUUCACCACUACCUUUCGCCAACAACAUAAGCCCAUGAGUCAAGACUCUGACUCCGGAUAUAGUAACAAUACAUCCGGCGGAAGAGGUUCCAGUAGUUCGAGAAGUAAGAACGAAACUUUGAAAAGAAUAUCAACCCAUAGCGAGUUUCCAUUGUCGUAGCUGCAGUUUCUCCUCCUGCUACAUUUUUACAAUACAUUGUCGUACUUCUCGUAUAGCUUUUUUUUCUCUCUUUAUAGGACUUUUCUCAUCUUAUAGAGAUUUUUACGUUAUUCUUUUUUUUCUUUUUUAGAAUUUUACGUUUUACGUUGUUUUGUUUUCAUUUUCCUUUUUUUUUUUUUUUUUUUUUAAUAAUUACUUUUUCUAUUUUGUUAACGAAGUGUUUUUAUUCUUCGCGCGAAUUGAAUAUUUUUUUUUCAAGUGUACUGCGUAUACGUACACGUGUAUUAAUUUUUUUUCUAUUUUUUAUUUACACUUUCUCUCGUAAGACGAUGUGUUUUUUUUUCUAUGAGAAAAAUUUUAUUUUGUAUGUUAUGUAUUUUUGUGGUGCGACGUUUACGUGUAUGUGUGAGUGUGUGUCUGUGAAUGCUUAGAUGAUGGCGAAAUGAUCGAUCGUUUGUUUUACCUGGUUUAAAGUAUCGUUUUGUUUAUUUAAUAUUUCGUUUGUUAUAGAAAAAAAAGGCUAAAAAUUUUAUGUUAUGUUUUAUUCAAGUACCUUUCAUUUAUGUACGUUGGUAUUUUUUUUUAAAUCAGAAUUUUCUUUUUAAUUUGAAUAUAAUUAUUAAACUCUUGUGCAUGGGAUGCCAUUUUCCAUCAAUAAUUUUAGAAAUAUUUUUCAAAUUUUUCCCAAUUAGUUUUGAAACUCUUCUCCUCCCCCCCCCCUCUUUAUUGAAAAUUUUAAAUAACAUUUCGAGUAGGUUACGUUGGAAAAUAUUUUAAAAAUGAAAAAAUAUAUUAAAAUGGGAAAAUUUGAUUUAUGUAAAAAUGAAUUAAAUGCAAAAAUUGAGUGAAAAAAUACUAAAAAUCACUUGCAUAAAAUUCAGUUUUGUUUGUUAAAAAACAAAAAAAUCCUCGGAUUUGAAAAAAAAAACCUGAAAAAUCGAAAAAUGCGAGAAGUAUUUUCAUAUAUCUAAAAAAAGGGAAAUGUAAAUUCAAACGGUUAGAAAAUUGGGCGAAAAAAUGAAAAUAAAUCGAGUGUUUGUGGACAAUUUUGAAAGAAUAAGAUGUAGCCCUAAGAUUUUUUUAAAUUUUAAAAAAAUAAUAAGUUCUACAUUUAAAACGUUUUUGUGCACCAUCUAAGUUGAAAAAAAAAUAGAAAUUGAAAGUUGAAUUUGAAAAAAUGAAUAAGUACUUAUUUUAUUGUUAUUAAAAUGCAAAAACAACGGUUAAUUUGGAAGAAUUGAUGAAACCAUUGAAAAAUUCAUUUCAAAUUGGUUCAAAAAACGAAAAAAAUAGCUAAAAUUUGAAAAAAUAAGCCCAAGAAUACCUACUAUUUGAAAAACUGCAGAAAUAAAAAAAAAACAUAUUCAUGUGAACAUUUUUCAAAAAUUUGUCAAGAUAUGAGAAAAAGAAAAAAAAAAAUUGUGAAAAAUUAUCAUGAAAAUAAAAAGAUCAAAAUAUGAAAAAUUUAAAAAAAAACACCAAAUUCAAAAUUUCAUUAAACUGAUCAGUAGAACAUUAAAUAAAAUCCAAGAUUUUAUAAAACUGUCUAUGUAAAAAUUGAACAUUUUUUUACUGAAAUUCCCGUAAUAUUUUUUUGGAAAUUGAUUGAUUAAACUCAAAAAAAAUUAAAAAAUAUUAAAUUGAUAAAUUUCCAUAAAAAAUUACCAAACACGUGAUUUUAUGAUUUAAUGAGAAGAUAAUUUUAUUUUAAAUGGUGAAAAGAGAAAAAUACUUUCAGGAAAUAUAAGAAAUUUUCAAGUCCAAUUUAGUUGUAAAACUGUGAAAAUAUAAUUUUUUUGGCGAAAAAUUUUUCUGGAACUUUUAAGUUCAUUCAAAUGUUUAAAACGUUUUGAAAGAAACGAAGAAAAUUUAAUCUCCAAGAAUUGCAAUAAUCUUAAAAUCUGAGAAAUCGAUACCCGGAAAAUUUGAAAUCUUAAAAAAUUUACAGAACGAAAUGAUUCUUUGCAGAGUAAGUUUUAAACUUCCAGAGAAGAUGGAAAAUGAAAAAUUGAAAUGUGUAAAUUUUUGAAAAUUGUAUUCAAUGGGAGAAGGCAGGGCGAGGAGGGGUAAAAAUUUGGGAAAAUUCAAAUAGGCAUUGACAAUUUUUUAAAGAUUUCUAAUCAGAGAAUUUAUUUUGAAUAAUUUUCUGAAAAAAUAAAUUUCAAUAAUAAAAAAAAAUUAGAAAAAAAAACAAUGCUUUUCAAUUUUAUUCAUAAAAAGUUAUUAUCAUUUCUAAGUUUAUCAACAACGUACAGCACUUGAAUAAAACACAAUUUGAAUUUUAAAAACUUUACUAAAAGAUCAUCUAUAUUCUAUUAAUACAACAUUAACAAUUUCGUGAUGAAUUAUUACCUAUGUGAAAAUUGAAACUGAUAACAUAGUGAUAGCUUAAUCACUGCCACAAAAAUAAAAAAAUUCUUACUUUAAAACCUCGUCAUUUAGCCAUCAUCGUAUACUCGACUAUAGACCUAUAGAUUUUACUUUUACGUUUAAAUUUGUAUAUGUGUGUAAAUGUGCGUACAAUCAUUGCAUACCAUUUCUUAUUUUCUAUUGUAUAAAUUGUUCUGUUCUACGA